AUGGCAGAAGCCGACAAGCUGAACAUCGACUCCAUCAUACAGCGUCUGCUGGAAGGUAAGGCUCGAUAUUUAUUCACCGGGGGGAGCCAUUUUAGCCGAGAGAGGCUAGACGACGACGGCUACCUGAGCGCUGCUAGAUACCAUUGAAGCCCCACAAUCUGGUUUAGAAACGCUGUUAGCCGCCACUAUUGUUUGGAUAGUAGCCUCUGUUUUACUGCAAAGUUCCAUCUGAAACACAUUUCUGCGUUUGAUAAUUUUUCAACCAUUUAAAUACAAAUCUGAGUUCACGUAAACAUUAGUCAUUUUGAGAAAUUACGUCGUUCAGUUGGAAGGAUCAUUUUAAAAGGGGUCAGAUUUAACGAUCUGAACCACAUAUAGUAUUGAUCUUGUUUUUUGUAACCAAAAUGGGGUUUCUGUAGUUUCUCAAGCUAUGAUGUGAAUGCGAUUUUGGCGGUCAUUUAAUUUGGCUAAACUAUAGAUAAAACUGUAACGCGGUAGAAGUAAUAUACUUUGUAAACCUGUGUUUUUAAAGAUGAUUAAUACAUACCAAGUGUUUUCCAAGAAGUAAACUCAUAACCGAUAAAGAUGGGGAACAAAUAUGUGGAGUAGAUAGAAAAGCAGAAUUGAUUACCACAGUAAAAUAAUCAGCAGUUCACUACAAUAAUAGAAGUAAUAAUCAUACAGGUAAAGUGCUAAAACAGCAAAGCAUCUGAGCACCUUAAAUUGUUUGUUUAUUUAUUAUUCCAUCUAUCUGUAUUCAUUUUAUAUAUUUAGUGUACAUAUUGUACAUACUUCUUGUAUUUAAUUUUAUUAUGUGUUUUUAUUGCUGCUGUUACAUGGCAAUUUCCCAGUUUGAGAUUAUCUAUCUAUCUAUCUAUCUAUCUAAAGGGGAAAUAAAAGUAGGAAGGCUAUGAAAGCAUGCAGCCAUUAAAAGCAGAAAAGCAAUCAUUUUGUCCAACCAUGAGACACUGGGUGGGUAGCAUGAGAUGUCCUUCUGCAAAAUAUGUGGUUAGAAGCUCACAGAGCAAACAUUGUGCUGAUACUUAGAUAGGAAAAAUAUGAGAUGUGCAAUUAAUUCUGUUUUUUAUCACCAUGUGAUGUAUCUAUUUACAUGCAUAGGGUUGCAAAAAUAGAGUUGUUAAGAAGUUUUCACUGACCCAGUAACCAAGAAUUAUGCCGUAACUUGACCUUUUAGCAUUUCUUUUUACAAGUAGACAGUUAAAAGAUUUAUAGCCCUGUUUUUACAAUGGGAGACCACGAGGCUGGAAGAUUUGAGCACAGAAAAUGAGAAUUCUGUUCUGCACAUUUUACCUUACUAUACAAAAAGCGAUUGUUAUAAUUUCAGUGUAAACUCAAGUGCACAAUUUUGAAUGGUGUUGCUCUGUCGUUCAACUCAAUAGCAUGGGCUUAAAAGGUAAACACUGCUGUUAAAUGUCCCCUGUUUCCACUGUGCUGUUUAUCACUGUUGCUUCACUCUCCCCUCACAGUAAAAGGCUCCAGACCGGGUAAAAAUGUUCAGCUGACAGAGAAUGAAAUCCGUGGCCUCUGCCUCAAAUCCCGAGAGAUCUUCCUCAGCCAGCCAAUCCUGCUCGAACUUGAGGCGCCCCUCAAGAUUUGUGGUGAGGCUUAGUUGUGUUCUUUAGAGUCGAGGGAAUUUGCAUGUGAGGUCACACAGCAUUUACCAACACUCUUAGACUGCUAUCUUAGCUGUUUAUGCUAUUAUGAAGAUACUUAUGUUGACAAUCUGCUUUAACUCCUCAUUACUAGAUUCCAAACUACAGGUAAUGUUUUGUUUGUAAAGCAGUCUUAGUCAAAGGAAACAGUGCUUAAAUCCAGAGGACAGUACAGUGCGUGGCUGUGACCUUGCCACAUAAUUACACAGCUAUAUGAAUACACUGAUAAGAUGGGCUCUCCGCUGCAGCGCUGGUGCGCUCUUCAAAUCUCCCUGGAGUCGUCAUCCGGGGUCAUUCUGUUGAUGCCAUUGAAAGAGAACUGCAGCAGUGAAGGACCAGCCUGCAUAUUUCAAGAACAUACUAUGUUGACUCUGCAGCUAAAACCAGCAGUGUCCUCACACUACACACACACACGCGCUUGCCCAUUCACCCCUUUGUCUCAGUUGCAAGAACAAGUGGAGCAAAGCCGUCCUAACAUUGUUUAUUUAUAGACAUAUUUGACCGAUCGUGGUAUGAAAUGCUGUUUGUUUGCAGGCGCCAAGUGUUGUUGUACCUCUAUGCAAGUCACACUCCUUUUUGUUGUGCACAUACACACUACAUCAUAAUCACACUUACAACUAACACACUGCACAUUUCACCAGGUGAUGUUCAUGGGCAAUACUAUGAUCUGCUGAGGCUGUUUGAGUAUGGGGGGUUCCCACCAGAGAGCAACUAUCUGUUCCUGGGAGACUACGUCGACAGAGGCAAGCAGUCCCUGGAAACCAUCUGCUUGUUGCUGGCUUACAAGAUCAAAUACCCCGAAAACUUCUUUCUGCUGAGAGGAAACCACGAAUGCGCCUCAAUUAACAGAAUAUAUGGCUUCUACGAUGAGUGUAAGUCACACGGCAAGCAUGCAGAUACACACAUAAAUGUCAACAUUAUCAGCUGUAUGUUAAAAUUGUGUGCACAAGCAUCUUAGGGUUAGGGUCGUAUGAAUACGCUAGUGCAGUAGUUUUCAUUCGGAUAUGUAGAAAGUGGUGGAAAAUAAACAGAUUUGUUUGUUAACAAGCACUAUUGCUAAUAGUCAUCAAAUGUGCUUUAUUCGCUUUUAUUUAAUGAUGACAAAUGAACUGCUCAACUCCCCAGUCGAAUCAUCUAUUCUGCAAAGUCACUGGCUGAAGUUUACUGGCACUACUCCUUUGUAGUGUCAUAUGAUCAUGUUACAGAUUUGUGGAGAUGGUCUUCAUUUUCCAACAAAAAUGGUGACAUUGUAUUUUAGUGACUACCAAAACAACUGUCAGAAAGAGUUGCUCUUUAAACCUAAUGGGAAAGUUGGCCUAUAAGUAGUAACAAAAGGCCACAACACAGAUAACCUCCUACAGCAUGCUCGGAGCUAAAGAGCAUGAUCAGGCAGCAGUGAUUAAUCACAUGCCGUUCUGUGCUAUUCACAGAGUCAGGAUUAUGUAAAAUGUUUCAAAUAUGAUGCAAAGGGUGCAGCUGCAAGGACUUAAUUGGUCUCAAGAUAAGAUUGCGACUAAGUAUCUGCUUGUUUGCUCCAACAGGUAAGAGGCGAUACAACAUUAAGCUGUGGAAGACCUUCACCGACUGCUUUAACUGUUUGCCUGUUGCAGCCAUUGUUGAUGAGAAGAUCUUCUGUUGCCAUGGAGGUAUCCUCAUCAAACAGUUCAUUUGGCUUCCAUCCAACUGCACACACACACGCAAACACAAAUACACAAACUCGUCCCUGCACUGUUGGUACUGUCAACAUGGUGGUCAAAGACCUGCAGGACUGUGCCGAAGCUUGAUUUCUUGUUGGACCUUAUGUUUACAUUCUUGGCCUGUUCAGCAACCUUGUUAGAAUUCUAAAUGCUUUAUUGCUGACAAGUAGUAAUACAGUAAUGUUUUUUAUUUAUUUUUUACCAGUUUUCCAGUAAGUGUACGGCCAAAAGGAGAAAAUAAAAUAGAUUCCAAUCCUUUAGGCAGUGUGACACAGACAGCUAUGUCUAUGAAACCCACAACACAAAUCAUGUUAUCAGGCGCUUAUACCUGAAGGCGAAAACAACCUCACUGUUAAUAGCACAAAUUAUAUAAGACAGAAAACACUGAAAGGACAUUGUGUCAUUUUUAGAGUUUUUCACCCCCCUUGUUCAAAACAUUGAUAUAAUCAGAGUUUAUGUCAGCGAGUACCUAGUAACCGUCUGCUAGUGUCACCUCGAGUCCUUCAGUGGAUAAAGAGUGUGGUGAAAUAAAAUGCUAAACGUAAAUGACCACAUGGGCCUGAAUUAAAGAUGUUUUUCCCCUUUUAAAAUACAUGUGAAAUAGUCAUCAGACGGGUUCUCGGCUUUUAAGUGCCAACAUAUACACUCAGCCCUGUUUUGGAAUGCUUGAUAGUUGGUAUGUUGGAAAAACGGCAAGACAUUGGAUGCUGCCAGACAGUCAAAUUUGCUCAACAAACAAGUUUUAACUAUGAAACCAAGGCACAUUGCCAAACCUCAGCUUCUGUCUGAGAAAGGGUGUUAGAGAAGUGAUGGCAUACUGACAAAUGGAGGAUGACGGAGGACGAUUAACAAUCAACUGGUAGUGUGAUGUGCACGGAUCUACUGGAAACAGGCAUAGCAUUGAUCAGCAUUACAGUUUUUCCCACAAGUUAAUCCAGAUGAAGUCUGGAGAAAUUACACUUUACUCAGUGAGGAGAGGAAUGAGGAAAACUCUCGUUCCUCAGCUAGCUUUAUAAAUUGGAAAGAAAUUAAAACAACAAUAAAAACCAACGUCCUCUUUACUGUCACUGUUACAGUAUGACAUACAGUGUCUACCCCAGGACGGGACUUUGUGGCAGUAUGUGAUUUUUGGGCGGUUGGGGGCUGUAUGUUGAGUGACUCAGAGAGUGUCGGGUGGGGGUGGGGGGUUAUUGAUCGCCUACGAUAACUUACUCAGUGCGCAUGCACUCUGCAGUGCUGCGCCUGUGUGCGCCGUAUAUACUGAUAAAUAUGAGUCUAAGGUAGCGCCAUGUAAAAAAAAAAAAACAGUUUUAAGCUGUGGCGGCUUUUAUUAAGCUGUGGCGGUGCACCACGAUCAACUGCAUGUAGAGGAGACCCUAACAUGCAUUACAACAAUAAAUAAAACAAAGCUUUAUAGCCCUACAUGCCUGGAAACACUGGUAAACUAUUAUCUAUACAUGAGCCACUCAAUGUGCAGCAAGUUGGCAUUGUAUCAUCUGCUAGUGAUUGAUUUAAAUGACGAAGUAAAAUAGAAAUUUCAAAUUUAAACUUAAUUUGAUGGAUCAUAGCUCUAGUGUUUGUGUUUUACUGCAGGGAAAUGUCAGUAAUUAGGUGUAUGGCUGUUUUCAGCUUGUUUUUCUGAAAGGCCAGAAUACUUGAAGUUUACUAGCUAAAUUGGCUGACAAAAAGCUUACCCUAAACUUUGACUGUGAUAUUGUUAAUAUUGAUGCAACACUUCAUACCCCUUUGAUUAGGAUUGAUCCUUGCUGUGCAUUAUUUUGACAGUACUGAUUGAUAAAAGUGAAAAAAAGCAUCCAAAGCCUCUUGAAAACAAUAUUACAGAUCAUAAAUCAAUAUUUUUUCUGCUAACAAAUAACUGUACAUGACUUUACAGGCCUAUCCCCCGACCUCCAGUCUAUGGAGCAGGUGCGAAGGGUCAUGCGCCCCACAGACGUGCCUGACCAAGGCCUCCUCUGCGACCUGCUGUGGGCCGACCCAGACAAAGAUGUGCUGGGCUGGGGCGAGAACGACCGCGGUGUGUCCUUCACUUUUGGUGCUGACGUGGUCACAAAGUUCCUACACAAACACGACAUGGACCUCAUUUGUCGGGCCCAUCAGGUCAGUGUACAACCCUGAUUGUUAGGUGAGAGAUGUGUGAGCAGCAGGGAGGAGAAGCAGAAGAGAGAAUCAGAACAGGCAGAUAAGUUAACACAAGUGCUAGCCUUUUUUCUCACUUCUAACUCAUCAUUUUCAGGGGUUUUUCAUUUGGUUUUUGUUUGUGUUCGAUUAUUCUGUAUCUGUCUUUCUUUUCAAAAGCUCCUCUUAUAUUUGUUACAAGGUUAGCAAACAGGCUUGUCAAGCUUUACAGAUUAUUUGAAGGAAAGCGAAGACGAACAGUUGAUUUUUAUGGCUAGCCCCUGACUUCUUCAGCACGGUGGGAUUUCAGCUCAGUUUUGCUGGUUACUAGGUAGGCAGACAAAGUGCUAGAUAUGUCUUAAAGUUGGAUUUUAAAACACUGUUUUCAUACAAUCAUUCUUACAUCCGCACUCCUUACAGUUUGUUAACCUGUGAACUGUUUCCAGGUGGUGGAGGAUGGAUAUGAGUUCUUUGCAAAGAGGCAGCUGGUGACGCUGUUCUCUGCCCCAAACUACUGCGGCGAGUUUGACAACGCUGGAGCCAUGAUGAGUGUAGACGAGACUCUCAUGUGCUCAUUCCAGGUAAGAAAAACCCGACCUCUCCGAAAAUUCACUCUAAUAAUGCUGACUCUACAUAUUCAAAACAUUUGAAAGAGGGAAAAAAAGCUUUCUAGUAGCUAUUCAAUGUGAAUAUCAGUAUGAAACCGCAACACAAAGUUUCAUUGAGGAAAUAAUCUGUGAAAAGAAACGAGAAUGGAUUGUCGGGAUAACAGCGAUCAGGAGACAGCAUCAGUGACGCUCAGAUUGGUGGAAGCAUGUUGUGUCGAGCUCUCUUGCUUUAGGAGAGAGAAAAAGGAAUGGGAGUAGCUUGAGGUUAAGGAUGAUAGGGUUGGUUAAGCAGUUAAAUUGUUCCGACGUUUGCACUUUUGGUCCCGCCGUCCAGAGGAGGGUGCAAAUUGAUCCAGAUCUAAUCAUGUAGCACUUCUUCUGAAACCAAAUCCUCUUUGAACCACAGCAGCCGCUUCAACCGUUAAGUAUAUUAUUGCUGUGAACAACAAAGAUGGUAGUUUCACGGCAGGGCCUGAUUAACAAUGCAGGGUUCCUACACAAGAAUGGAAAUAAAUUUGAUCAAUUUCCAAAAAAGUAUUGAAACAUAUUUAUGUUUUUAGACUCUAACCAUAGUUCUAAAAUAAUGUUUUCUAAAACAGAAAAAGAGGUAUUUCCAAUAAUAAUUCCAAAAAGUAGGGUAUGGAAAAGUAUUGAAAUCCAAACUGUUUAGGAACCCUGAUAAUAGCAUCGCACCAGUGCAUUUAUUUCAUAUGGUUUCAGAGGAGAUUUUUAUUUUGUAUUUGAACAGCUCUUAAAAAAGUCCUGCUAAUGCAUUUAUUUUGUCUUCUUUUGACAGAUUCUCAAGCCUGCAGACAAGAAGCUGUUUUAUGGUGGCGGGGGCAUGGGCUCAGGCCGCCCAGUCACUCCCCCAAGGAAAGCUAAGAAAUGA